GCCUGAGCAGCCUCCCAAGAAGAUGGCAGCAGUCCUGAUUCUCCUGACCUUUCUUCUGCCGCUUGGAGCUGGUGCAGAGGAGAUCAUCGGGGGCCAUGAGGUCAAACCCCACUCCCGCCCCUACAUGGCGUUUAUUACAUUUGUGAAAGAUGAUGGCAGAAGUGAUGGCUGUGGAGGCUUCCUGGUAAAAGACAACUUUGUGCUGACAGCUGCUCACUGCAGGGGAAGCUCAGUGAAAGUCAUUCUAGGAGCCCACAAUAUAACGUUCAACGAGAAGACCCAGCAGAUCAUCUCUGUGGCAAAAGCCAUCCCACAUCCAGCCUUCAAUCCUAAGGAUGGCUCCAAUGACAUCAUGCUCUUAAAGCUGGAGAGGAAGGCCAAGAAGACUAAAGCUGUGAGUCCUCUCAACUUACCUAGUAGCAGGGUCCAUGUGAAGCCAGGGGACAUGUGCUAUGUGGCUGGUUGGGGACAGUUUGCCCCGAAAAGUAAACUUUCAGAUACAUUGCAAGAAGUGAAGCUGACAGUCCAGGAGGAUCAGGAGUGUGAGUCCCAGUAUCCAGAUCGUUACACCAAAGCCAUUGAGAUGUGUGUGGGGGACCCAAAGGUCAAGAGAGCUUCCUUUUAUGGAGAUUCUGGAGGACCUCUUGUGUGUAAAAAAGCAGCUGCAGGCAUUGUCUCCUUUGGACACAUUGAUGGUUCAGCUCCAAGAGUCUUCACCAGAGUGUCAAGUUUCCUAUCCUGGAUAAAGGAAACGAUGAAACGCAGCUAACUACAGAGCAAACCAGACCCCUCCCUGACUCACCAUCUUCGCUACAGCUGAGUCCAGGAUUGUCCUAGGACAGAAGCCAGCAUCUCAAUAAAGGUCUCUUU